AUGCUGUUCAACACGCAGGUUUUGUCUCGCUGGGUGGUGCUGGUUGCGGCAGUCGCUGUCGCUGUGGUGUCUGCACACCCGGGCGAAGCUCCGCCGAGCCCCGCCGAGGUCGCAGCGGGCCAGCUCUACCGGCGCUCUGCUCAGUCGCAGUACCGGCGCUGCGCCAACUCCAAGUCGUCGCUGCAACGGCGUCAUGCUCUGCACACGCAGCAGCAGCGUCGGCAGGAGCUGCUCGACCAGCUCCGAGCGCGCACCCUCGCGCGACGUGCCGACUCGGACGAUGCCGCUACCAAGGCGAUCAACAGCACGCAUCUGUCCAACCGCACCGAUAUCACCCGCGAGGCUAGCACGGGCACCGUGUUCUCGAGCGACCCGGAGGCGUGCGUCCUGCAGCCCGAGGCAAUCAUCGGGCCGUACUGGGUGAGCGGCGAAUUGGUGCGUAGCAACGUGACGGAUGGCCAGGCGGGCGUGCCGCUGUACCUGGAUGCGCAGUUUGUCGACGUCAACACGUGCGAGCCGGUGCCCGAGCUGUACUGGGAGAUCUGGAGCUGCAACGCGACGGGCGUGUACUCUGGUGUCCAGGCGUCGGGCAAUGGUAACCCGGACGAUGCGUCCAACCUGAACGCCACUUUCCUACGAGGCGUGCAGCGCACGGACGAGAAUGGCGCUUCGCAGUUCCAGACCAUCUUCCCCGGACACUACACAGGUCGGACUACGCACAUCCACAUUGUCGCCCAUGUCAACGCGACAUUGCUGGGUAACAACACGCUCGCCAAUGCGCAGAGCACGGGCGCAGUGCACAUCGGCCAGCUCUUCUUCGACCAGGACCUCAUCAACCAGGUCGAAACCACCUCGCCGUACACCACAAACACACAGGAGCUCACCACGAACGCCGACGACUUUAUCCUGCUCGAGGAAGCCGCCAGCGAAGGGUCCGAUCCGAUCGUAGAGUACGUGCUGCUCGGCGACAAGAUCGAGGACGGCAUCUUUGCCUGGACUACCGUCGCGGUCGAUGUGGAUGCUAAGUACACCACGGACGCCGCGUCGACCUGGACCGAGAAUGGCGGAGUCGCCAACUCGGGUGGUCAGUUUCAGGGCCCGCCUGGUCAGACAAAGUGA